UUAAGGAGCAGGUAGGGGUUAGACAGUACAGAAACAAGUCGUUAAGGAGCAGGUAGGGGGUGGACAGUGAAUACAGAACGGUCAUUAACCAAUGCACUAUCUGACCAUGCUCGCGUGUUAGAGGGUCAUGGGAUGGAGGUGUGAGUGUGUGAAAUCUUUAGCCGUCACGCUAUGUGUUUAGCAAGAGCUAAAAGAGAUUAGCCCUCUGCUAUGUUGGGUAUGCCAACACCAAAUCUACAUUUUUUCCUGUGGUUUGAGUUUAAACUGAAUGUUACAAAAUAAGUAUUUAAAUAGGUAGAUCUUACUUCGAAGAAAGACACAUUGAUUAGAAUAUUCCAGAAGAAUCCUCAAACCAACCAUGCGUGUCUUACUGAGUGCUGCAAACGAGUGUGUGUGUGUACGAGGGUGUGUAUAAGUAUGUAUGUGGGUAUAAGUGUGUGUGUGUGAGUAUUUAAGUUUGUGUGCGUGUUUGCAUAAGUGUGUGUGUGUGUGUGUUUGUGUAUGUAUAAGUGUGUGUGUGUGUGUUCGUGCGUGUAUAAGUAUGUGUGUAUAAGUGUGUGUAUGUGUAUAAGUGUGUGUGUGUGUGUGUGUGUGUGUUUGUGAAUAAGUGUGUGUGUGUGUAUAAGUAUGUGUGUGUGUGUGUGUGUAUGUGUAUAAGUGUGUGUGUGUGUGUGUAUAAGUGUGUGUGUGUGUGUAUAAGUGUGUGUGUGUGUGUGUGUGUGUGUGUGUGUGUGUGUGUGUGUGUGUGUGUGUGUGUGUGUGUGUAUAAGUGUGUGUGUGUGUGUACCAGGAGGUGUAAUCCUGCCAGACUUGCCAGCAGAAUGAGCUGUGUUGGGGUGCUGCUGGUUGUCCUGCUUCUCCUGGCCUCCGGACCAGGUCUAGCCGGGUCCUCGGGUCCUGGUCAGGCCCAGUCUACGCCCGACCCGGGCCCGGUGGGGGUCCAGGGGGAGGGGGUAGACGUGCUGUUCCUCUGGGACCACCUGACGGGUCUGAAGGACCUGGUCCUCCGGCUGAGCGAGCAGGCGGUGUCCCAGCGGCUGGUCCUCAGGGGCCUGGAGACCAGGGUCCAGGACCAGCAGCUGGCCUCCCUGGAGACCUCGGAGCGGGUCCGGGGCCUGGAGGCCCUGCAGGUCCAGGUGAACCUCACCCAGGACCAGGUGCUCGGACUGACCCGGUCCUUGUCCAGGAUAGAGGAUCUGGAGGAGCAGAACUCAGUUCUGGAGCCCCGGCUGGACGCCCAGGAGGCCGAGGUGGAUCACCUGAAGAAUAAGAACACAGAGCUGUUGGAGAAGCUGCCCUUCCUGGUGAUGAGGCUAAGAGCGAGCGAGAGCACAGUGGAGCAGCUCAGGAGGAGGAACGCAGUGCUGUCAGCCAGGAUGUGUUCUGCUGAGAAUCAGAUGGAGGAACUCAGGAGACAACGUUCAGUGUUCUCAGUGGUACGACCAGGAGAUAAUUCUGGGACUUCAGAAGGAAGUGCUAAGAUGGCAGAGUUGCAGAACCGGAUGGACUCCUGCUCUGCCCAGCUGAACAUCCUCCAGACACAGAGUGACAACCAUACAGAGACACUGGUAUCCAUGGAAACCAGACUAGUUUCCGUAGAGAUGCAUCUGGGUUCGACCUCCAUCCAGGUGGCGCAGCCGUUGGCAGGAAGUACAGGGUCCACUGAACUGUCCGAUUUAAGGAGAAGGAUGAACGAAACUGAGAACCGGUUGGAUCUGAUGACCAGACUUACCACCAGUACACCCACCUCCACCGGUACACCCACCUAUACAGCUGAGCUAUCCGCUGUGAGGGGGCAGCUAAGGGAACUUGACGGCCGGCUAACAGACCAGGAGAGCUCGCUGUCUGCUCUGGAGGACCGGCUAGAUGUCAGUGCGAACGGGACUGAAGCAAUGGAGUCCAAAGCGAGGUCCAAUGAGAGCACUCUGUUGGAGCUACAGAGGAAGGUAUCAGACCACACCUCCCAGCUGCUGAGGGUGGAGACCAGAGUCAACAUCAGCCAAUCCCUGAUGGAGCACCUGGAGACCCAACUGAACAGAGUUUCAGACUUGGAGGCUACAGGGAGCGCCACCAGCAGGCAGCUGGAGGAACUGCAACAUGACUUGUCUGUUGCUACGACGACUCUUUCAGCCCAGGAAGCUGAGCGGGUUGCCAUGGCAGCCAGAGUAACAGCUGGGGAGAGCCAGAGAGAUGCUCUGGAGUCCAGGUUAGAGGCUGAGGAGGCCGCUUUGAAGACCCUGAAGACAGAGAGCUCAGGGUUGGAGGAAGGACUCAGAUCAACACAGAUCCUCGUUGAAAAGCUGCACACCCAGAACAACCACCACACCUCCCAGCUGCUGAGGGUGGAGACCAGAGUCAACAUCAGCCAAUCCCUGAUGGAGCACCUGGAGACCCAACUGAACAGAGUUUCAGACUUGGAGGCGACAGGGAGCGCCACCAGCAGGCAGCUGGAGGAACUGCAACAUGACUUGUCUGUUGCUACGACGACUCUUUCAGCCCAGGAAGCUGAGCGGGUUGCCAUGGCAGCCAGAGUAACAGCUGGGGAGAGCCAGAGAGAUGCUCUGGAGUCCAGGUUAGAGGCUGAGGAGGCCGCUUUGAAGACCCUGAAGACAGAGAGCUCAGGGUUGGAGGAAGGACUGAGAUCAACACAGAUCCUCGUUGAAAAGCUGCACACCCAGAACAACCACCACACCUCCCAGCUGAGGAGGGUGGAGACCAGAGUCAACAUCAGCCAAUCCCUGAUGGAGCACCUGGAGACCCGACUGAACAGAGUUUCAGACUUGGAGGCUACAGGGAGCGCCACCAGCAGGCAGCUGGAGGUACUGCAGGAACUGACCAAAGCCCAGGAAGCUGAGCGGGUUGCCAUGGCAGCCAGAGUGACCACUGGGGAGAGCCAGAGAGAAGCGCUGGAGUCCAGGUUAGAGGCUGAAGAGGCCGCUUUGAAGAUCCUGAAGACAGAGAGCUCAGGGUUGGAGGAAGGACUGAGAUCCACACAGAUCCUCGUUGAGGAGCUGCACAUCCAGAACAACAACCACACCUCCCAGCUGCUGAGGGUGGAGACCAGAGUCAACAUCAGCCAAUCCCUGAUGGAGCACCUGGAGACCCAACUGAACAGAGUUUCAGACUUGGAGGCUACAGGGAGCGCCACCAGCAGGCAGCUGGAGGAACUGCAGGAACUGACCAAAGCCCAGGAAGCUGAGCGGGUUGCCAUGGCAGCCAGAAUGACCGCUGGGGAGAGCCAGAGACAAGCGCUGGAGUCCAGGUUAGAGGCUGAGGAGGCCGCUUUGAAGACACUGAAGGCAGAGAGCUCAGGGUUGGAGGAAGGACUGAGAUCCACACAGAUCCUCGUUGAGGAGCUGCACACCCAGAACAACAACCACACCUCCCAGCUGCUGAGGGUGGAGACCAGAGUCAACAUCAGCCAAUCCCUGAUGGAGCACCUGGAGACCCAACUGAACAGAGUUUCAGACUUGGAGGCCACAGGGAGCGCCACCAGCAGGCAGCUGGAGGAACUGCAGGAACUGACCAAAGUCCAGGAAGCUGAGCGGGUUGCCAUGGCAGCCAGAGUGACCGCUGGGGAGAACCUGAGAGAAGCACUGGAGUCCAGGUUGGAGGCUGAGGAGGACUCUUUGAAGACCCUGAAGACAGAGAGCUCAGGGUUGGAGGAAGGACUGAGAUCCACACAGAUCCUUGUUGAGGAGCUGCACACCCAGAACAACGGUCACUCAGCUGAACUGUCUGCCCUGGAGGCCAGGAUGAACGCCAGCGAGAAUACAACAGCAAGUGUGGCUGAGAGGGCCGGGGUUCUGAGCCGGCUCUUGGCGGAGCUCCACGCCAACGCGUCAGUCAUGGAGAUCCAGACGGACAGAACCGAGCGGCGUUUGGACCAGUGGAUGAGUCAGAACCGAGAACGGCCCCGAGUGGCCUUCUCCGCCGGACUCAGCGACUCCGGAGCCAUCGGACCCUUCGGCAUGGAGACCACCCUGGUGUUCACCAAGACCCUCACCAACGUCGGCCAGGCCUACAACCAGACCACGGGCAUCUUCAGGGCUCCGCUGAGAGGCCUCUACUGCUUCCUGUUCACGGUGGCGGACUUCCUGAAGGGCUACCGGGGGGUGUACCUGUACCGGAACGAGGAGCGGGUUCUGUUCAGCCUGGAGCUCAACGGCCACGGCGGCUACGCUAGCAGCUCGGCCGCCACGCCCCUCCUCCUGGAGGCCGGGGAAACCGUCAGCCUCCGUCUCCCAGGGAGCUACCGUCUCUAUGACGACAACCGCAACUUCAGCCUCUUCUCAGGAUUCCUGCUCUUCCCUCUGUGAUCCAGAGAUCAAUAGACUGAAGGACUGAUCGAUCUAUAGAUGGACCCAUGGUCUAUAGAUCAAUAGACUGAUCGAUCUAUAGAUGGACCCAUGGUCUAUACAUCGAUAGACCGAUGGACCGAUCGAUCUAUAGCUCGACCCAUGGUUUAUAGAUCAAUAGACUGAAGGAAUGAUCAAUCUAUAGAUGGACCCAUGGUCUAUAGAUCCAUAGACUGAUGGACAGAUCGAUCUAUAGAUCGACCCAUGGUCUAUAGAUCAAUAGACUGAUCCAUCUAUAGAUAGAUUCAUGGUCUAUAGAUCGAUGCAUCAAUUGAUGAAUAGAGACCUUGCAAUCGCUCAAUCAAUAUGCAGAUCUAUGGAACCUGGACUCAAGAUGAAUGGUCAGAUGUAUUGAUUAUUGAUUGGUUUCUAAACAAGGUCAUCACGGUCUGAACAGGAAACAACUUUUUGCCUCAUCCAUCCAUUGUUAUAUAGCCCAUCAUUUUAGGCCUGAUUAAGUUCUGAUGAAGCCUGUUAUAGUCCUGAUAAAGUCCCGUUAUAGCCUGAUAAAGUCCUGUUAUAGAACAUAGUUAUGGUGAUAGUCAAUAGUUACGGUCAUGUUAUAGUCCAUAGUUAUGAACUACACAUGUUAUGCGUCUCCAUGGUGAUACUGAUGGAGCCUGAGAAGCUCUUAAAACGUGUCACCAAAUCUUUUAUUGUCUUUCAGGGGAGAGGAGAACCAACAGUAGGAAGAAUACGUUUACGCCAGCAGUGCAAAGACAAGCAGUAAUUUAACCCAUUUAUAUACAUUUGGUCUUUAAAAACACAUUAUUAAGAUCUGUUUUAUUAAAAUCAAAGCGGUGUGACCCUUAACCCUUUACAAAAGCCAUCUGUUAGUCAUCUCUAACAGAGAAAUGGAGCGUCGUCUGCACUACAAAUCCGUUAUAUUAUAAAACACCAAUAGGGGGCGCCACUGACCAUGCAUGACGGCUCCGUGAUGGCCGUGGUUUGCUUAAACAACCUUAUUUAAAGUAUUAAUCUCGAAAAUGCAUGUUAAUAAAUGUCUGUUAAAAGACCGAAUGAGGUAACACCCAGCAGUGCUCUCUUGCCAGGCCGUUAUUGUAACUAAGCAUUAGUUCUUAAUUAAAAGGUGCUAUAAAACAUGGACCCAGAGUGUUCAAAAUGGGUACUGCAGUGCAGCCCAAACGUACAACAGUGGAGAGUUGUCUCCGCCCAGACUCCAAGCUCAUGUUGGUUGCCAGGUUGAGGACACUGAACAAACAUGAGCAAAGAUGAGACGAGCAAAACACAAUAUCUCUUUCGAUAAGCCCAGUUAUUCCACUUCGACACUGAAAAGCGACAUCAAGUCCUUCUGGCUCUAAGCAGUCUCGUGUUUCUCUGUGUGUGGUUCUUUGUGUGUUUCUUUGUGUGUGUGAGCUGGCGUAGGGUUUUUUCCGGUGUCUGCUAGCGAUUACACGGAAACUAAGGCCGAACAAAGCCAGAAAGAUCCAUCACUACAGACAAUGAAACUUUAGAAACAAGUGCAAAUCCAAAGCCAACCGAACCCAACUGGUGUAGUUAUUGAGGCGUGGCCAAGGGGCCAAUGCCAACUGAGACUUCAGAGGGCUCUCUGGGAGGCCAUGGAACUGAGGUCCAAAAACACCUGAAAUUACCACUUAUCGCCAUAGGGGUCGCCAAAAGGAACUAAACGGAAAUCUUCGAGAUCAUCAUAUUAAAUAGGACAUUAUUUAAAAUAGACAAGGUUAUUAAAAAAAAACGUUAUUCAAAUAAGACUCAAUUAUUUAAGAAUGUACAGUGAUGGAAAAAGAGGAAUUUAAGUUCUAUCUUGUGCACAUAGGAGUCAUAAACCACGGGUCAUGUAAACGGGGUUAAGGGGGAAAAGUUCACCUGAUUUUGUUCAUGAUUAUUCACAGGCUCAGAACCAGGGUUCUGCAGGAAGACAACGUUAAGUUAACACUGUAAGGAAUAAAAUGUACCUGGUUAAACGCCCGAACAACGGAAUGCCUACUGUACAACAUGACCUUUGCGCAACUACAAAAUACAACUGGUGAUGGUGACUCUUACAGGAAGACGAGAGGUCGAGCUGGAUUAUUAAAUGCAGACUUGCGAAUCUAUCUUUGACAACAGCAGAGUACUUUUUUUGGGUACCUUGUGUCGAUUUAGCGAUCAGUAGCCUUUUUUUUAAAAA